ACUUGUUGUCUUCGAAACAGUGGAUCCGUACCCAGAGACGAGAAAACUUAUGCAUACGAAGGACAAUAUACAAGGAAUAAUCAAGUUGAGUUCCAAUACGUCAACCAGUCAUUUCCACGGGAUGAAACAUCCACAAAUUUCCUACCUCAUAUCAGUGAACGUGAAAUCCCUGAGGUGGGAGAAGAGGAUCCAUCCACUCAUCCAACGGCUCGACCGACAUUCAUGGAGCGUAGUAAGAGUGAAAUGAAAUAUGACUCAACGAUUAGUCAACCGAAUUUGAAAAAUACCAUCAAAUGCAUAUCACUAGCAAUAUAUUACCAUAUUGCGAAUCGAAAGAAUCGUGCUCACGAACGGCUUAUGGAAAUAUUCGAGGAGCGACUUCAUCCAAUUACGCGUAUAAGAGGCUUUGUUCAUCCCUUUCAAUCAGAGGAACGCAUAGAUGAUUGCUAUUUUCAGGUAUACAUAGAACGACUUUUGAACUAUGCAGAAAUGGAUCUGUGUCCAUCGAAUUGGCGAAGAGUGGUGUUAGGUGCGAUAAUGCUAGCCUCAAAGGUAUGGGAUGAUCAGGCUGUGUGGAACGUGGAUUACUGUCAGAUCUUGCGAGACACUAAUGUGGACGACAUGAACGAAUUGGAGCGACGCUUCCUAGAGUGCCUUGACUUCAAUAUAGAAGUGCCGUCAUCCGUCUACGCCAAAUACUAUUUCGAUCUUCGGACACUUGCGCUGGCAAAUGACUUGCAACUGCCGCUUCAGCCAUUAUAUAGGGAACGUGCCAAACGUCUAGAGGCUGCAAGCCGGGUAUGUGAGGACAAGUUGCACAACUUCAAGCGAAGUUACUCUGCAGAACGAAUACACACAGAAAGAAGGGCGCCCAUGGUGCUUUCGUAA